AUGCAAUCUGCCGAAGCAAUCAGGCUACAAAAACAGAUCUCCAAGAACGAGUGUCGCAUUUGCACUCUCGGACUAAUCGGGCUCAUCAUCUUGGCAUGCGUUGGUUUUGCGAUCUACGUCCUUAUCAUAUCGGAGAUGCAGCAACAGCAGGAGAUUCAAGACCUCAAGGAUGAGGCAUUCAAACUCGAAGGAGCAUGGGGACGGAUGAAACUCCGCUACAAUAUUCACGGUAAUUCGGGCAACAUGAACAGAAACAAACCUUACGAGCAGCAACUACGAGAGAGGCAAUAUGAAGAGCAUCUUCUCAAAAUUCCGGCGAUUUUAGCUGGAAAGCAUAAAAUCAAAUUUUUUGAUGACUCUGACGAGGAGGACGAGUGUGAUUCGGACUGGUCUUCUUCAGACUCUGGCUCGGACGUGCCCGACUAUGAAAAGUACUUUGGUCCGUUCCCAAGCUCUCCUGGAGAACCUUCAUCAUCAAAGACAACCCAUGAGAAGCCUUCCGUGAAAAAUGAGCCGCCAAAACCCACUCUACCAACAGAGGUCGCUUCCGAAGCAGAUAAACGUCCUCCUCCUCCAGCAAAAAUGGUCUUGCGAUCAUCUACAAAACGUAAUCACAAUCAGACAGCUGGGAGCGAAAAGAAUGAAAGUAAAAAGAAGUGCAAGAUGCUCUUCUCCACCGAUCCACAGAAAAAGAAACGCAAAACAACAACAAAAAGACAACAACGAGCCAACAACACCGAUCGCUUCCUCUAA